AUGAAUAAUUAGAGAGACUCAUCUUAAAUCAAUAAGCCGUAACAAAGAAAUAAUGACAAUCAAAAUAGAAAUAAAGACACUCCUGAUGCUGAUAAGAGGGAUGAUUAGUUUACAGUUAUUGAUCCCAGAGUUAAUGGAAGUCUAAGAGUCACCAUUUAAAGUUCAUUAAUUUGGCAAUCAAGAGCUGGUUCUUUUAGAAGGGCAAAUUAAGAAGAAAAAGUAAAGUAAUAUAGCUGCUGCAUGUGCAAUCAACUAGUAAAUAUAAGAAAAGCUAAAAGAUGCUUAUAAUGCAAGAAAGUACUUUGCUUGGCCCAUUUCAAUGAGUUUACUAGUUCUGAUAGUGCUAUUGAGCAGUCCUGCCCAACCUGCUUUAACGGAGAGAUGCUUCCUAUCUUGGAUUUGGAUACUGAGACAUAAAAUUUAAACGAUGGUCUUAGUUUUAAAUGCAAUUUGAAGUGCAAUAGGAUAAUGAAUUAUUCCUAACUUCUUGAUAAGAACUUUCAUUCUGAUUGCCCCAAUGUAAAGAUUCAGUGCAAACUUUGUCAAAGCGUAAUGAAGCAAAACUAGAAGAUUUAUCAUAGUGUUCACUGCUUAAACCAACUUGUUUAGUGCCCACUCUGUACCGUUAGAAUACCUAGAAAUAGAAGAAAAAUACAUUUAAUGAGAGAGUGCUAAAACCUGCCUCAAAAAAAUGAUACUGAUGGACAAAACUUACUUAAAAUGCUUUUGGAAUAAGAUAGCUACACUCAGUAGCAUAGAGAUGAUGGAUUUCUUGAUUAAAAUGAAGAAUUCAAAGGAACAGACUUUCACAAUCUAAAAUUGAAAAUGUAAUCUCCUUACAAAAGCGUGGUCUAGUCUGUCAACAAAUUAACCCCAAAUUAAAUGUCCAACAAUAACUAGAAAAAUAUGGACGCCAAUUCUGAUCAGAAAAGCCUUAAAAGAACAUCUCAAGAGAUUACAAGGGAUCACAAUAUUUGCAUAGAUUGUGAGAUGAGAGUAACUUAUAGUGAAGAUAAAUUAUGUUAAGUCUGCUAAAACAAGAAAAGAUAAUGCAGGGAACCCAAUAAAAUUUCUGAUCUAGAUCAGAGAAGUAACUAGAUCGGUAAAAAUGAUACCGAUCUUGAAACAGAAAACUUUUUUCAGACUUUAUAAAAAACUUAGAAUGAAAAAAAGGAUCAGAGGAUCAAAGAUUUAGAAUAACAAGUGUCACAAAUGAAAGAGGGCAGAUUUGAUAUGAUAAAUAAAGGAAUCAAAUGUAUUUUAUGCUAAAAUCCUGAUGAAGAAGAAGAACUCACCCAUUUGAGCUAUUGUGUAAAGUGCGUGGAAAAACUAGCUUAAAACCAAGAUGAGUGCUUAUUUGUAUUUCCCCUCAACGGCAAUAAAUGUGUUCUUAAGUGCUCAAUUCAAAUUGACGAUGACCAAGUCCUUCAGAUUGAGCAAUAAGGGAAUAACAAUAUCAACAAAGGUUAAAGAAAUUAGAAUAUUGAAAAGAAAAAUGGGGAUUUAGAAACAAACUGUCAUGAUCGAGCUGUUGAAAUUAAUUAGCAAAAAAAGAGAAGUAUAACUUCGAGUUCAAGUUUGUGCUCUUUAAGCGACCUAUCAAGGCAAAAUGAUGGCAAUAAUGAAAAAUAGAAAGCUAGUAAUCCUAUCCACGAGGAUAGAGAAGCAUUAAGUAAAGAAAAUAGCAAACAACAAUUGAUAUAGGAUUCCAAAUCUGAUGCAAGAACAGAAAGAAUGUAUGUUUCUAGCAGGGAUUAACCAGGUUAGAGAAAGAAUUCUGGAUAGGAGAAGGAAAUAAGACCAUUACUGCAAUAGUAAUAGUCAAAUAAUCAAAGAGUGUAUCCAGGCUGGUUUUAGCCUAGUAACAUAAGGGACUUACCUUUCAACAAGAACAAGUAAAAUGGAAAAGUUGACAGUGGCCUAUCAUCUGAAUCUGAUGAAGAUCUCAUUGAAGAUGAUAAGAAUUAAAACAUGAUAGUGCAAUAAAAGAAAUCAAAUCCCUAGCAAGAAAUGAUAUAAGCUAGGAAUUAUAGUUAUUAGAACCCUGCAAACAAUAAUACUAGCAAUAUGGCUUCUGAAUUCGGUUAAUUAAAUCAAAGAGCAGCAGAGAAUAAUCCUAUUAUUCGCUAUGGAUCAAAUAAUUUGAGAGCUUUUGGUGAUUUAUAGAAUUUGAACAAAGAUAAGGAAGAAAGAGAGAGAUCUGCUUUUGAAGACCUAAUAUGA